AUGUUGCCGGUGUGGGCUGCCGCGGCCCAGGCACCGGCUCUGGCGCAGUUCGCCCAGGGCUUCGGCCUGCGGGCGGGGUGGGCGCCACUGCUCCUGGGCUCGGCCGCAGGUUUCGACUGGGAGCGGCUGCGUCACUACAUGGACGGCAAUCGCACGGAUGACGAGAACGGCACGAGCAGCAGCGCGAAACACAACAGCUCGGUCGCCGACAACAACGGGGGCUCCGACGACAGCCCGCGACGCUGCGCCAGCCCGGGGGAGGGCGGCACUUGCGGCGCGGGUCCAGACGAGGAGGCGGAGUCUGAGGAGUUCCCCGGCAUCUUCAUCGUGGGGUACCGGUUCGUGGCCGGCGUCGUGAAGCCGACCGCAGAACCCGAUCCGCACUGUCGGCCGGUUCCUCUUCGGCCCGUCCUGACGCUGCUGGUCGUUGUGAUCCUGACGCUGUGCGCCUGGACCCUGGAGGUCGUCCAGAGAGUGUGCAUCCCCCUGUGCGGCUUCCUCUCGAGGUGCAGGCAACGCGGCUGCGGACAGGACCGCAACAGGACGAUUGCAGUGACGACGGCCGACCAGCUGAACAAGGAGCCGCCGACCAAUUUCUACAGGGACCUGAAGACGGCGCUCAGAGCAGACAGUGCACGGCAUGUGGUCUUCGCAGUCGACGGCCAGAUCGCCAGGGUGGCACUACGCUGGAGCGACGCCAGGCGACUGCGGAAGGACCUCGAAAGGGCGACGACCAAGUGCCUCCACCUCUGCCGGAAGGCCGGCCCCUGCCAGGAGUGCGAGCCCCUGAAGGCCCACUGGCAGUUCUAUGCCGUGGUGGCCGCCGACGCCGUGGUCAACCUCGACGAGGUGGCGGAGCACACGCCGCUGGGCUGGUGCUGCUUGCGGACCACACGGAGCCUGGCAGGGGCGUCGAAGGUGGACGACCCGAAGCCGCGCGACGAGUCGGAGACCGAGGACGAGGGCGUGCCAUGCAUGGCGCACCAGGCGGACCAGCAGGAGAGGAGGAAAGGGGCCCAGGUGCUGCAGGAGGCCCGCGACGCAGCGCUCGCGGCCGCCAUGGCCCGCCCGGGGCCCGCCGAUCGUGCCCCCGACGAGUCGGGCCCGCCCCCAGCACCGCACCAAUCCCCUCGCCCAGAGCACGGCGAGGCCAGACCUCGCAGCCCCAGUGCAGAGGCGGCACGGCGCAGGGACGCCAGGGGCCUCGAGCGGCUCGCCUUCUCCGACCUCGUCGCACGGCUCGAUGGGAUCGAGGCGUCCCCCUCAGGCAUCAUCCCGAGCCCGCCGAGCGCCACCGAGUGCCUGAGGGAAUGCCUGAGGGAUCGCGUGCGCUACCCCGAGAAGGGCGACGCCGGCGCACUGGAGAGGCUGCUGAACAGAUGCGACUGGGACCAGACCGCAGACGUGCUGAAAGUUCUCCUGAGGGGCGCCGAGGAGUACGUCAACGACGGCGGGCGAGGCCUUCAGGGCCUUGAGGCCGAGUGGCGCAGGCAGCUCCGUACCCUGCGCUCAGACGGGACGCGCCACGCCCCCCCGGGCGAGCGCCGAGCUGGCGUGGGGGAGGAGGUCGGUCCCACGGGCGACGGGCAGAUCGCAGCCGCGCUGAAGGACAUCGGCCUGGGGAUCAAAGAGACGGCCGUCGUCUUCCUCGCCCUAGCCUGCAACCGUUUCAACGUGCAGGUCUGCCCCACCUACACCGGGACGUCGCUCUACCAGGCCAUCAAGAAGGUGCACGGAUGGUUCGAGGAGCUCAACUGGCGAUGGCGGGAGAACAUCAAGGACGUCUACCGACAGCUGCUGAGGGGGCCUUUUCAGCAGCAGCGCUGGACGGUCCAAGCCCAGCUCAUCAGACGCGGUGGGCUCAAGACGGACAAACCGAUUCCCCCGUCCGAGGUCGACGGCCGCAUCGACCAGCUGAAGGAGGCGGCCCGCGAGGAGGCGGCGACGAAGGUGAAGGAGGGCAUCGCGAGGCGCGAGCAGCACGACGGACGGGGCUGCGGGAAGACCGCGCAGAGGCUCGCAGACGCCCAAGGGCGCGUCCACUGGGCCCCCCCAAAGGAGCUCACGGCCUUCGCGCCCGCAGCGGCGGAGAGUGAGCUCAUGGAGACGCUGGGGGGCCCGGCCUUCGACCGGGAAAACGACGUCGACCUGCCGACCCCGGGCGCGGCGGUCGCAUCCGAGGACCCAGCCGACCGCUCCCCAGAAGAGGUCGGGGAGCGGCGGGAGCAGAUCGCCAAGAUCGCGGCCCUCCCAGAGGUAGGGCGGUUGGAACAGGGAAGCCGCCAGCCCCAGUCCUACGUCAAAGGAAAGCUCCUGCACGGGAGCCUCAGGGGCGAGGAGCUCUCCAUCGACGCGAUCCUCGACGAGCUCGCGCACAGUGGGCCCUCGGCUCCAGCGGAGGAGGCGGGCGAUCACUCCGACCAGAUUCGCAAGGCUGCUGGGGGCUCCAUCGGGCCAGGCCCCGGCUACGCAGAGGUCGUGCAGCCGUGUUGGCCCGACGGAGACGGCCGCGGGCGCGGCGAGCUCCUGCUCGCGGCGCUGACCUUCGCGACGCGCAAGACUGCAGCGCGCUCCCUCGCCUCCGAGCUGCGCGAGGAGCUGCGGGCAGGGGCCUCCGAGGCCACGAGGGCCCUCGGGGAAGCCCCCGAGAAGAAUGACCGCGCCGAGCGCGAGGUGCGCGGGUUCAUCCACGACGUGCUGUACCCGCACCACAAGGAUUACCGGAGCCUGUGCGCCUUCCCGCUGGAGCGGCUCAGCGACGUGGUCCUCGACUUCGUCCGAGUCGACUCGCUGGGCCGCGUCAACUUCGAGAGCGUCUCGGGAUCCGCCGCGGGCCCACAUGCGAAGCAAUGCUGGCUGCUGAUCCACCAGAAACACAUGGGGCUGUUCCGCGUGGGCCUGGAGACCGAACAGCAGGCGCUGCUGGUCGACCCUGCGCAGCGCGCCAGCAGCUGGGGCGGCAGCCCCCCGCGCUCGACCAAGACCUGCCUGCGCUGCAAGUACCUGCAGAACAAGCAGCAGGACGGCGGCCGGGCCGCCGGCGAUGUCACGCCCAUCGACCCUCCCACAGCCUACGGCGAGGACACCGCGCUGACCAUCGCAGGCUGGGGUCUCCAGGCCUGGAGCCACUACCACUGCCCCAACCACGACAUCCCUGACGCGGUGACUGCCCCUGGAGAGCGGCUCGUCGCGCCGGAGAUCAUGGCAGGAUCAGGCCGCUGGACUCAGGGCUGGAGGCCCCGCGGCCUUGCGGCGCUCGAGCCCGUCGAGCACUGCCAGGAUCCGCUGGGGCGCGCCGGCCCCAGGGAAGACCACAACGUGGGGGGCGAGAGCGCGCGGCGCCUAAUCCUGCGGGACAUCGACGAGGGCGAGGUGAACGUCAUCGGGCUCGAGCCAGUCUGCGCCAGCUUUUGCUCCUGGAUGCGCUGCAACGGCGGUGCCCGCACGGCGGCGCACCCUGAGGGCGUUGCGCCGCUCCUACCAUCGGAGGAGGUGGGCAAUGACAUCGCCGAGUUCUCCGCGAGGGUCUUCAAGCGCGCCCUCGACCAUGGCGAGUUCGUCUGGGCGGAGAACCCGGCCCCCGACGGCAUCUACCCCGCUAUCUGGGAAACCAAGCGAUGGCGCCAUCUCCUCCGACGCAGGGACGUGACGAUCAUCCCUUUUGAUUUCUGCGAGCACGGAAAUGGUCCUGAUGGGGAUGACGGAGCACGCUACCGCAAGCGUACCUGGAUCGCGGCUCGGGCCUCGAGGCACUUUGUCCGCUGGAUCGCCAAGCGUUGCUGCGGCCAACGCAUGCACGUCCCCCUCGAGGCGAGCGCGCGGCAGGAGACUGCGAAGGAGCUCCGGGACCCCAGGGACAGCUUGAGGCGGCUGACCUUGACCCGGAAGUUUGGAAAGGCGCAGCUGCGAGAGGGGGGGGCCCUCGUCGAGGCGGCAGGCGGGGCGGGGGAGAGCGCCCGGGCCCUCUUCGGUGCGCGCAAGGAGCUGGGCCUGGACAACCUGGCUGGGAUCUUCGACUCCGACCUGGCCGUAGCGGCCAGGGACAUCGGCACCACGGUCCGCGAGGAGUGCAAGCCCCGCCCGAGCGCGGCCGACGCGCUCGACCAGUGCUGCGAGGGAUCCUGGAAGGACGCCCACGCGGGCCGCGCCCUCGUCAUCCCCAAGAGGCGCAGGGGUCUCUCAGACGAGGUCAGGUCAUCACCGCAGGGGGCCGCGCCCAAGCAGAACCCUGACCGCGCGAUCGCGCCCGAGAAGAGGCUGAUCCACGACCAGCGACGGGCCAGCGAGACUACGGACAAGACGUGGCAUCCGCCGGCAGCGCGGCUUUUCCACCGGCAGCUCGCGAGGCACAUCAUCGCCAUCCCCGUCUCGAAGCUCGACGUGAGGGGCGCCUUCAAGCUGCUCUGGGUCGACCCAGCGGACGUCGGCACGUUCGCUGCGGACCUCCCCAUGGCGCCCAGACGAGCCAGCCCAGCGGGCGCGCGAGCCAAGGAGGAGGACGACUACGCCGUGCACGCGCAGCGCUUCGCGGAGGCGGGCCUGGAGGGGGGCCUGACGCUCGUCUCCCUCGCCCUGACCUUCGGCUGGGCCGGGGGCCGGGGGGAGUGGGCCCCCUGGGGCGACAGCGUGGCCACGGUGCACAGCCGACAUGCGCCCGCCGACGCCUCCACCGAGGGCCCCUGCCGCUUCCAGUCCUACAUCUUGAUGGGCGACCUGGUGACAGUGGAGCCCGCCCUGGGAAUGCGCCCGUGGAUCUCGCGACCCCUAGCUGAGCGCACCAUCGGGCGCUUGCUGGGUCCGGCCACGGUCAACCAGGAGAAGAAGCAGCAGGAGGGCUACUUCUCCACGCGCAGGAUCGUCUGGGGGCUCGAGUACCGGACCGAGGAGAUGCAGGUGGCCACCCCCGAACCCAGGCUCCUCAAGGGAGCCUACCUCCUCAGCGACGCCUGCUGCGACAGUGGCUACAAGGGCGCGCGCCUGCGCGACAUGCGGGCCCCGCGGGGAGAGGGGGCGAGCUGGGCGGCUGCCAUGCCGGCCCUCGCCGCGGAGCUGCGGUCGGCAGACGCGUUCCUCACCCCGUACGCCGGCGGGGGCAUCGAGCCGAAGGUCGAGGCGGGUGAGGAGGAGACGGCCUGGCAGGAUCUCUGGGGCACUUGCGAGCUCCUGAUGCUCCUGCCGGCCAGGCCUGAGGUUUGGGCGGCCCGCCUCACGACCUCCAUGCGCGCGCUCCUGGACGCCCGCGAGCGGCUGGCACUGCAGGGGGAGGCGGCCAAGGCCGUUUGGGUGACUACCGAUGCUACGAGCUACAUCGCGUUCGGGGCCGACUGGACGGGAAAGGUCUACUUGAGGCAAGACCUCGGGGUCUACAAGGGGGUCCUCGCGGAGGCCAUGGGCGCGGCCAUGGCGCACGUUGUCUUGGCCGGCAAGCAGGGGCCCUACCGGGAAGGCCGCGUCGGGCUGCUAGCCACUGACAGCAUGGUCUUCACCAACUGGCUCAGGAAACGCCAUCCCUGCCCACGGCUGGCUCGGCACCUAUCCCGGAUCCUCCGCUACCUCGAGUGCAAGCACAAGUUCGCCACGAUCGGCCACUUCUUCAGGACGUGCCACAACGCCACCGCCGACUUCGGUUCACGGGCCACGGAAGCCGGGGUCGCCGCGCGCAUGCGCGACCUGGGCCUGAAGGGGCUGGGCGCUUCCGACGAGUGGGCAGACCUGGCGGCGAACGGGGCCCGAAGACGGGCCCCGAGGCUGCUCGGCGGUGACUUCGAGGACGGCCAGGUCGCGCUGCAGCUGAGAGAGGUGAAGCUGAUGAGGAGAUUCAGGCAAGCACCCUUGGCCGCCGCCCCAGGCCGCGCCAUCGACUGGGGCCUCGGCGCGGGCUUCUUCCGCAAGGCCUGGGCGCAGCAAGGAGGCCAGGCCCAAGUCGCCCCCCUCGGCGUCGACCCCGCCCCAGAGCGCGGCCCCGCCUGGGUCGCGCCGGCAACGCUUCGCCCCGACCCCGCGGGCGGCAGCGCGCCCACCGCGGCCGCGAAAGCCGCGCAGCUGGGGGCGCAGAGGGCGGCGCUCGACGCCCCCGGGCAGACGCCCCUGGACGAAGCCGCGCGGGCCCUCCAGGGGCGCGGCUUCACGCUCAACAUCGAGGACCAGCUCGCGACGGAGGUUGGCGAGCUGACUGCGCGAAGACGCUCUGCGCUGCUCGGGGCGAGGCACGUGGGCGACGAACAGCUAGCGUGGACGUUCGACGCGCUCGACCUCGAACGCCCUAUCGCGCCGGCGGUCGGCCCCAUCCUGCAGCGCCCGAACACGCUGGAGCACGACGUCUGGCUGCUCGGGGAUCGCUUCGAGGCCGACCCACGGAUGCGGCGCGCCGACGAGCGCUUUCUACCCAUCGGCGUCGGCCACCCGUGGACCGCGGGAGGGCCCGGGCCACGGGUGAGACGCGCCACCCUCGAGGAGGCCUGGCUUGCUGUCGGCGGCCCGCUCGAGGACCUGCCCGACUGCCGGGGCGAGCAGGCGGGCGCGGGCGCCCGCGGCGACCGCGACGCCGAGGCCAAGGAGAGGGGCAUGCAGGUGGGAAAGCAGCAGCUGCCAGCGGUCGCCCAGUCCCCGCGGAAGGUGAAGGUGCCGCAGCACGGCGUGGCCAUGAUCUCCGCCCCCGAGAAGCUCGCCAACUCGGAGCAGGACGUCCAGGUCCUCAGCGAACUUCAGGAGUGGAUCCACCGCAAGCUUGCAGGUGGGCUGGCCCGCAGUAGACGUACCAACUACGGCGAGGCUUGGUCUAAGUGGCCGUGGUGGCGCACCAGGCGUGGCAUCUCCCCGCUCCUCUCAAGCGAGACAAGGCGGCGGCAGGUGAGCGAGGGCGGGGCGGAGCUGCUGCGCUUCCUGGGCUACAUCGGCUGGCUGGGCAGGGGUGACGGCGCCCUCCUCAGCGCCCUCUUCGCGUUCCAGGGCGGCCACGUGCGCGCGGGUGGUGGCGACCCGCUUGCAGGCAGGAAGCGCAUCGCGGUCCUCGCCGACCCCCUGCAGAAGGGGAGCCCGAAGGAGGGCCGCAAGCUCGGCGCCGCCCCGCGCACGAUGGCACGGCCGAAGGGCGAGCUGGCGCCAGCGCCCCCGAAAGGGGCCAGAGGCACCGAGCUCAGCGACGAGGCAUUCGACGCGGUGGUCUUCUCGGCGAUCCCCGCGACGGGCUUCCUCUACCUCUGCCGGGCCAAGGAAAUCACCGACUGCGGCGGCGUCGACGAGCAUGAUGUUGGUUGGUUGCAUCUACCUCUAACGCUGUUUGAGUUCGUCGCCAGCGCCAGAUUGUCGACGAGCCGUUCCAUGAACGCCAACGUCGAAGUCGGCAUGUGGCUUUUGGCGUGGCCAGACGUCGUCAGAGUGCCCAUCGGCAGAGACGAUGGCCAAGGCGGCACCAAGCGAGUCAUAAUUCAACCAAACAGUUUGGCACUGACGGCGACGCUGCGCACGAUCUUGUCAGAUUACGAAGCGACGGAGUACGUGGAGCCAACGGCCGACAAGGUCGAAGUCAAAGGUGUGAUGCUCGUCAAAGCUAAAUUCAUAUGGGAUGCUAUGAGAAAGUUGAACAGGUUCGAAGAAGAACAGAGGAAGUUCUGGGCGAUCCUAUCGGAAGGCGAAUGCAAUGUUGGACACCUGCGCUACUUCGGAGUAAAGAACUUCAUCACCUUUGGGGAUGACGAGCCCGUCUUUAUCGACGAGACCUUCGAACAGGUGAAGACCAAGGGCUUCUUCAAGCUUCUACCGGAGUUCUUGGAUAUGUACAAGACCUUGAAUGCCGGUGCAGCCUACGAGAUCGCGAACAAUUUCAAGGUGCCCUUGGACCUCUGGUAUGACGGUAUCAAUGUUUUGGGCCAAGGGAAUAUGAGCCACGCAAUCCAAGCCCACAUGCAUUUGGCUUUGCUGAUUCACCAUGGUGACAAGAUGCUGUGCCACAAGGCAGCAAGAGAAGGAAACGGGGCGAGGUCCAAGUACGACGCGAUUGAGAUCGUGAACAUGUUCAACGCGUCCCAGUUUCUGAAGAACGAUGCUCAUCUGAAGAGGGCUUGCUUUUGGGCAAUUCGUUCAGUGCUCCCGCCUGAGCUUGCUCACGAGUACUGCGUUUCGCUCGAGAUGGAGUCUGUCACGGGGCGGUUUCCACAUAAGUCGACUCUGUCGCGGAUGAGGGGAAGAGUCGACGUGGCCUGGAUGCUCACAGCACGGGAUCUAUUCCAGAACAUGCUUGACGUGGACGGUAUCGUCGUGUUCCCGAUCCCAGACUCAAGCCCCCAAGGAGGCAGGGACUACGAGAACACAGUUCUGACCAUCAUCAGCCGCCAGAACCUCGUUGCAUUGCACGGGCUUUCAAGCGACCUGGAUCGCCGCAACAACACCAUGACUGUAGAGCAGCGCGCCGCCGACUGGACCUCCGAAGCUCUCAUCAUGAAGAAGAUCGAGGAGAAGAUCAUGAGGCACGUCGCCCCAGCAGUGCAGCUGGGCUUUGGGCGGACGAAUCUUUCGGCGAAGUUCCACGCGAUCAUGCACCAGUUGUUCUUGCUCAGCCCCUCCGUCGACCACUUCUGCAAACUUGUCGGCUCUGUCCCCGUCUGGCUGUCGGAUCAGGGCACGGAAAGCGGCUUGGCGCGCAUCGAGCCCAUCGCCGUGCAGGACGUGCUGGAGUUCACGAGGGAGUGCGAGGUGAACGACGACGAGGUUGACUUCGCUCAGCCUGCAGCAGCGCCGAGCAGGGAUUUUAUCAAUUUGACCUGGAGCCUGGAGUUCGACGGGACGUUGCACCUGUGCCACAACGCGGGCAAUCACCUGGAGGACGUGAUGCCAGACUACAAAGACGCUGUCUGGAGGCUCAGCAAGGUGUCGAAGCUUCUGGACGAUCCUGAAUCGAAAGAACGGUUGGAGGCGACAUGCUUCUCAUCUUCGCCAGCACUGAAAGCUUUAUUCGAGCCCAUCAAGAAAUUCAAAGGACAUUGUCAUGUCGAACGAUGGGGCACAGUUGCCAACACUCUGCUGAAUAUUACUGGUAACGUCGAGGCAGCCUUACGGUAUGCGUGGGAUGCUUCCAAGUACACUCAUGGCAAAAAGAAAGGUAGAGAGGAACUGUUUAACGUCAAGUUGGGAGUUCUGGAUGAUACAAUCAACACGCCGUACUGGUGGGCCUACUGGGGUAUGCUUGAGAAGAUCGCACAGGCGCUGUUCGAUGUUAUCAGGUGGUGUGAAUCGUGCUCUUGUCAUUUCGACUUGCUCGAAAGCCUUCGAGGCCAAGAGUGUGCAUCCAACCUUACAGAGGAACAGAUCAAGACCAUGAAAGAACAUGCUUCAAAAUGCCCACUGAGAGGCAUGCGAUGCCACGACGUGUGCGCGGGUAUGCUGCUCGACUACGUAAAGGACCGUCUGCGCUACCACAUCGCAGACUUCGCCAGCAACAUCCCAUCGGACGUUUCGAGGGGAGACGCGAAGCGCAUCCUCGAUCAGAUGGAGAGCGGCAGGACCCAUAUUGUCGCAUAUUACACGAUCAAACUGGCACACUGCGAUUCGUCUGCAUACGGCCCCAUUGGAAUGGCAUGCGGCAACCAUCAGAGGGCACGAGAAUGUUGGCUCAAAGUUCUAGGCGAUUCUGACUGUCAUCCUGUUGCUGAUCAUCUCGCGAGUCACCCGACACUCAGAGCGGAAGUGGACGAGUGGGCAGACGUGGGAUUCGAUCCAGAAAGCGAUCCAACAGACGACAAGCCCGGGCUUCGUCUUUUCUUGGCGACUCUGCGUUUUGCGAACAGCGCAGAGAGAGUGGUUGAGGGUACCCAUGCUCUGAUACAUCAUGAAGUUUCGCGGGCCCGCAAUCACGGACAUGCUUUGGUCAGCUUGGCUAACAGGAUGUCCAACCUCAGCCCGUACAUGACCGCAAGCAUUGACACGUUCUGGCGCUUUACUCAAAUGGUUGCUAAGGUAUCUUCUGGCAAGGCCGCUGUGAAGCUAUUGGGACUCGAGCGCCAUCCAGAGGCAAAGCAGCUGGAGACGAUGCAUUCCUCAGACAAGCUGUUCUGGGAUGUGAUCUACCACGCAGACCCCUACACCAAGUACAGGAUGCCAUUGCCUAAGAUCAAGGUUAAGCAAGUCGAGGCUGUUGAGCUGAAUGGCAAAGUCCCUCCGAUCGAUACGGCUGAUGCCGCGUGCAAGCGGGCCGCUUUCGUGAGCCACGUGAUCGAGAAGCUGUCUGCAGAUGGCACAAUGUAUUGCAUGCCCAUGCAGCUCACCGCGCUCAUGCCCUUGAGGAAACUUCUCCAAGUACGACAUGCAGUACCUGAGACAUCAGACGAUUGUGAGCACGGUUGGGGUCUCUCUGAAGUUUGCCAGGAUGAUCUCAUUCCUGAUGAUGCCUUCGCUGAGCAGGACUGUGAGUUUGCAGAGUACUUCUUCUUCAAGGUGGUAAUGGCGGACAUUACUCGCAUUCCAAGGCCGAAGGUACCAGGCCAACCAAAGCUCACUGGCGUCAAAACGUUGGUCUUACACAAGCUGUUACGGUAUGACGAAGAGGCUCGAGAAUGCUUGGUGAGCGCAAAUGCUCUUGGAAAUGCUAUCGACGACUGUGCUACACCAUACACCAUACACCCAGCCAUGCUGCCACCAGAGAUCUUAUCGAAGGUACGUAAGUGGAGCCCUACCAGCACUGGCAUAACAGCAGGUCUCCGCCAGCCUUUCAAGGCGCAUAUUCCGAGAGAGCAACUGGAUUGCCUUGAUGAGGUUGUCAGGGGCAUCUUGAGGUACCCGGACGGUGCGCCGCGCGACGCCAUCGUGCCGACACACUCCCUCAACCCACACAUCGAGAAGCUCGUCGACGCGUUCUUCGAGCUAGGCUUCUUGGACGGCCCGCCAUAUAAGUUCACGAUCCAAGGGAAGGCAGCUUUGGAGAUCGGCAUAUCGCUGGGGAGACCCACGUACCUGCUUCAGCGCUUCGAUGCGUUCGUCGGCGGAGACAUCAACAAGGCGACCUUGGCAGAGUUGAUCCUGAGGAUGGAGCAUGACGGCUGGCUGCACGCCGACCUGUCGACUUCGAGGAAUGCGUUGAGCGAGAAACGUGCCUGGCCAAUGAUCGGUACUGAUGGGCCCAACCCCAGGGAGAAAAGGGCAGCCAUUGCCAACCCUUUCAGAGCUUUGGCAGACAAGAAAUGGUAUUCGUUCAAGGCGCACUCGGUCAGCAGGUACUACUUGAUGGCGCUGCUGAUAGCCAACGAGCCGAUGGCAGGCACCCACAUCCACGAGGUACCGCAUUUCGGGACCAACGCGACGUACAUGGAGAUCUUGGGCUUGCAGCCGCCGCCUGGCAAUGCGCCAGCGGCCAUUAUAGGCGACGUGGAUUGGCCAGAAGACAGCCUGCCAGCUCUCAAGAAGGCGAAGACUUCGAAGGGCGUUUACCUUGGCGGAGGUGGUCGGAAGCUGAAGCCCUCGGCGGGCGCAGAUGACGGUGUGGUCGUCGGGUCCGACGACGUCGACGACGGCAAGGGCCACGUGGUGGAGACGGACGACGAGCACGGGAACAAGUACUAUCGGCACAUCAGCUUGUACAAGUACUGGAACAAGGUGACAGGCAACCACAACGGGUGGAACGCAUACUGCGCCAGGUGCGGCCACUCGGUUGGCAGGACCAAGUGCACUAAGUCGCAGACGGUGAAUGGCGACGGAGGUGACGAGGGUGCGCAGCGCCGUCUCCUUUACUGGGGGAGCCUCGGCCACACGGUCGACUGCAAGGCGGACCACAAGGAGCUGUGGAGCACCGUGGUGACGGCCUGGGACAACGACGAGAUCCCUGAUCUGGCCGUCCUGGAGGUCGAGGCUUGCAAGAAGGACUAG